CCAACAAGACGAACUAGUCAAACUCUCCCGGCAGGAAAGAACAAAGUUCAAGUGAUGGAGCACUCGAAACAGACAAAGUACGGUUCAAACGAGAGGAAAGAUGCCGGGGACGGCGGCUCCGUGCUGAACGGGCACUUUGACGGGCUGGUGAAGCGGCAGCCCGGCGGCAGCGGCGGACAGGUGGCCGCCGCGCCGGCAGCGGAGCCCGGCUCGAAGCGAGCGGCCGCCGCGGUGAUGGAGAGCUGGAAGGAGGAGCGGACAAGGAGCGUGGAGGACAACGAGAUGAGCCUGCCGUCCCUGGCCGCAGCCUACACCACCAUCCUGCGGGGGCUGGGGGAGGACCCCGAGCGGCAGGGACUCCUGAAGACCCCAUGGAGGGCGGCCACGGCCAUGCAGUUCUUCACCAAGGGCUACCAGGAGAAGAUCAUCGACGUGUUGAACGACGCCAUCUUUGAUGAAGACCACGAUGAGAUGGUGAUCGUCAAAGACAUCGACAUGUUCUCCAUGUGUGAACACCACCUGGUCCCCAUCUUCGGCAGGGUCCAUAUUGGUUACCUCCCAAACAAGAGAGUCCUGGGCCUCAGCAAACUGGCCAGGAUUGUUGAGAUCUACAGCCGCCGAUUACAAGUUCAGGAGAGGUUGACCAAACAGAUCGCCGUGGCAAUCACUGAGGCCCUGCAGCCCACCGGGGUUGGGGUUGUCAUUGAGGCGACACACAUGUGCAUGGUGAUGCGAGGCGUCCAGAAGAUGAACAGUAAAACCGUCACCAGCACCAUGCUGGGAGUCUUCAGAGAAGAUCCAAAAACCCGCGACGAGUUCCUGACGCUCAUCAGGAGCUGAGGAGAUGAAGCUUCUCCUCUUCCUCCUGUUGCCUGGGGUUACCUCCACCUGCAUGGACCAGCUGCCAUGCUACCCUUGUGUGUGUGUCUGUGUGUGGGUGUGUUUCCUUCUCACCAAAGGCAGUGAAAGUGUGUUUAUUACGUUGUUUUUUUUAGUGUUUGUGUUGACAUGAUGAAGCGGUGCGUCAGUGAUGGCAGAGCGAGGCCACCAGCUGACAUGUUUACUUUUAGCCAGCAGGAUAGACUUUACCCCCGUUUGGUGCAUGUGAGCGUGAACGCUACUAAAGGAUCAGUCAUUGUCCUCAAAUAAC